AUGGCCGCUGCGAAAAGCCAUGCGGGUAGGAAGAUUCGUGGGAUGGGUUGCCAUGAGGCUUACCAGCUGGCUAUGCAUACUCUCGACCAGUACCGAGGUACCAUCGUAGCCUGCCGCUACUUUUCGCCACCUAUUCUUGCCCGUCCAGAAUCACUUGCAACUCUUAAGGCCCGAUUUUGCGACGCCCUCGCCCGAGUUGUGCUUGCUCAGCCUCAUCUCCAAACCGGCAUUAUAGGGGAGAACUCCAAGAACCCUGCCUUCGUUCGUCUUGAUCGCCUCGAUCUUCGCAACCAUGUUCAAUGGAUUACGCUGGACGACUCUAGCCAUUUUCAGCAGAUGUACCUCGAGACAAUGCAAGCUCAGCUCGAUUCUAGAUAUGAGAACCUCUCGACUCAGCCCGGUUGGAGAGUGGUUGUCUUACACGAGAUUGGGGCCGAGUCAAUAGAGGUAUUGUACGUUUGGAACCACCCACACCACGACGGGUCAAGUGGCAAGAUCUUUCAUCAAUACUUGCUGCGAUACCUCAACGAAACCACCAGCCAAGACAAGGAGCCUAUAGUCGAGGUUUCCGAGGACUCGGACAGGUGGAUUCUCGAUCUGCCCGAUCCUUCCGAUAAGUUACCGCCGAAUCCAGAAAUUCCGACUUCGUGGCCUGUGUCGCCAGGGUUCGUGCUGUCGGAACUCUGGAAGGGAUUGAAGCCAGAAUGGAUCUUCCCGCCAGGAAACAUGCAUGCGCGCUGGGCUCCAAUUCAGGCCUCCCCUUACCAGACCCGGUUCCGCAAUUUCACGGUCGAUACCCAUCUUGUGAUGAAGCUAGUAGGUGCUUGCCGCCUGCACCACACCACUCUGACAGGUCUUGUUCAAGCCCUCUGCCUAGUCUCCCUUUCCACCGCGCUUCAGGAUGUAAGCGGCUUUGCAAGCAGAACACCUUACGACCUGCGACAUAUCUUACCAUCGAACACCAAGCAGUACCCUUGGCUACAGCCGAAAGAGUCAAUGUGCAAUUACGUGUCGGUUGUAGAUCACGAGUUCGACCCCAAGCUAGUCGACACAAUCCGCUCUCAUAUGCCAGCCAUGUCCUCGGACUCAAAACUACUUUCAGCCGAUGUUAUGGAUGUAGUCUGGUCCGUCUCGGCUCGUGUCCGACGGGAGAUCCAGGCGAGACUAGACUCCGGCACGCGAAAUGACAUGAUAGGCAUCAUGAAGUUAUGCCCGGACUGGAACAGCCAGCAGCAAAGCGAGAUGCGCAGGAUGAGAUACCUGUCUUGGCUCGUUACCAAUCUGGGCGUUCUCGAUGGGGAAAGCAGCACUACUGUCGGAAAAGAGGAGGCCUGGUCGUUACGCCGAGCCGAGCUGAUCUUGAGCGCGGAGACACCUUCAGCUGCGCUGUCGGUGUCGAUCAUGACAGUCAAGGGUAGAGAAAUGUGUGUCACGUGUAGUUGGCAGGACUGCGUCGUUGAUGCAGAGCUUGGCGAGCGCCUGAUGGGCGAUCUCGAACGGUGGCUGACAGAUAUCGGCUCCUAG